GAAGUCUUUCGUUGAUCAACUGGAGCGUCUGAACGCACCCCUUAGUAAUGAGUUAGCUACGGAUGUGAUCCUUAACUCGCUACCCAAUUCAUAUCAUCAGUUCGUAAUGAACUAUAACAUGAAUGGGUGGGAAAGAACGAUCCCAGAGUUGCAUCAUAUGCUAAAAACUGCUGAGACAAACAUCCCAACUAAGGGCAAUCCAGUGCUAGCGAUCAGGGAAGGAAGAAUUACCAAGAAGAAGCAAUCCAAGGGAAAAGGCAAGGCGAGUAAGCAAGACAAGGGCAAAGGCAAAAAGGUUGCCACUCCGAAGGCAAAGCCUCAUAAAGAUGCCAAGUGUUUUCAUUGUGAUGAGAUCGGGCAUUGGAAGAGGAAUUGUCCCAAGUACCUGGCUGAGCUGAAGCUUAAGAAGCUGCAGAUAGGAGAAUCCUCAGGGACUAAAAAGGAUUAGAAAGCUGAAGCAGGGUGACUUAGA